GUAUUAAAAAAAAUGUAAUGCAAUAUCUUCUUGCUGUAUUAGAUUUCCUUCAGGAGCCUUGGAAUACUUUAUGGACAGUAACUAAUGCAUUGCCUCUUAGAAGGAUCAAAGAGAUUUUUUAUUACAUACUAACCCUACAAGCUACAUAUUAAAAUAGCCUUGAACCAUGCUAGAUAUGAUUUGAAACAGAGUGUGUUCUGACAGAGUAAAGAAUGAGCUGGUUUAACUGAUCCCUUUCAGGAUACAUUUGAAGGUUAAGCAACUACAGAUCUCAGCUAAUCUGAUGUAAUCUGCUGUUACUAAAUGGAUGUCUACACUCACAUUCGUAGCACACUGCACAUGACUGCCUAGGAAUAAAGUUUUCAAAUUUUUUCAUGUCAGUUCUGCUGAGAGGAAGCCAUGUAUCUGUUUGUUUACUUCUACCUCCUAAUGAUCUUUUUUGAAGAAGUGCAUGGUUUUUGUCCUUCUCAAUGCACUUGCGUUUACCAUGGCAGAAGCGAUGGCACUGGAACAAGGUCUGUGCUCUGUAAUGAUCCUGACAUGUAUGAGAUCCCUGUGAAUGUUCCUGUGGAUACUGUAAAACUUCGUAUAGAGAAAACUGUCAUACGAAGGAUUCCAACUGAAGCCUUUUACUACCUAGUAGAUCUCAAAUAUCUGUGGGUAACUUACAACUGUGUAGCCAACAUUGAUAUCAGCAGUUUCUAUAACUUGAAACAACUGCAUGAGCUACGGCUGGAUGGUAAUCUGCUUUCAACUUUCCCUUGGGAAUCGCUGGCAGAGAUGCCCAACCUACGAACUCUUGAUUUACACAACAAUAAAAUGACCAGCAUUCCUGCUGACGCUGGCCGGUACUUGAGAAACCUCACCUACCUGGACAUAUCCAGCAACAAGCUAACCACCUUGCCAUCAGACUUGAUGGACAUUUGGCCCCCCUUCUCAGAAGCUGUCCUGUCCAAGAACACAGACAUUCUGGCAACCCAGAGAGUCAUUUUGGGUUUGCAGGACAACCCAUGGUUUUGUGACUGUCGCAUUUCAAAGCUAAUUGAAUUUUCCAAAAUUGUGGACAACUCACUUGUACUUCUUGAUCCAUUGGUUUCAUGUAGUGGACCUGAGAGCCUGGCAGGAAUCUUGUUCCAGAGAGCUGAGUUAGAGCAGUGUCUUAAACCAUCCGUGAUGACGUCGGCAACAAAAAUCACUUCCCCGCUGGGAAGCAACGUUCUGCUACGCUGCGACGCAACUGGGUACCCAACACCACAGCUUACUUGGACUAGGUCAGACAAUAUACCAGUGAACUAUACAGUAAUUCAAGAAACACCUGGAGAGGGUGUCAGAUGGUCCAUAAUAAGCUUGACAGGGAUUUCAUACAAGGAUGCAGGAGAAUACAGAUGUAAAGCCAAGAACUUAGCAGGAAUGUCAGAAGCUGCUGUUACAGUCACAGUGGUUGGUGUAGUUACUACAACUGUGUCACCACAGAAGUAUGGAAGGAAGCAAGAGGCAGAGAGACAGAAUAGCACUCAGGAGGAAUCCAAGCAGGAACCUGAGAGGACAACAACACCUCUUCCCACCACACCAACCACCACAGCACUGGUUAGCACUGAAAGAUCAACGAGCAUCAGGUUUACCGACAAGAAGCAAUCCAGGCCCGUGUUUGAUGGAAAGAAAAAUUCAAAGGCAGUGACAAAUGGAAACAAAAAGCAGGCUGUGGAGAUACGCAAGAAAGGUGAGGAGACAAAGCAGACUGGGGAGAUAAGCAAUAAAAUUGAGGAUACUUCAUUGAAUACAGCAAGUAUGGCUGAGCAAAAUGUUACUGUAAAGAACCUAAGAGUGAUCAGUGAAACUGAUGAAAGAGUGACCUUAACUUGGAAAACUGUCAAUGCCACAAGCAACUCUGCAGUGACUGUGUUAUAUUCAAAGUAUGGUGAAAAAGACAUGUUGCCUCUGAGCACCGAUUCUAGCAAAAACAAAGUCACAAUUGAUGGUUUGCAACCUAGUACUCAAUAUAUGGCAUGUGUCUCACCCAAAGGCAUGCCACCUACAGAAGAGCAGUGCAUUAUUUUCUCCACCGAUAGGUUAAAUGAUGACAGUAGCUCCCAGUUUUCUAUUCUAAUAUUGGCCAGCAGUGCAGCAUGUGUGGUUGUUUUACCUUUGAUAUUUUUCUUACUCUACAAAGUUUUAAAACUUCGUGUGAAACCGAAAACUGCAAAGGAAGCUGACCUUGCAAAAGAGACCUAUGUGAAAUUUGAAACACUAUCUCUGAAGCCUCGAACAGUGACUGCAGGAGAGCAGCUCUGGGCACGAAGGUACACAGAUGAGUCGGAAAGACUUCUCCUUUGUUCUAGGUCAAGCAUGGAUUCUCAAAUGACCUUCAAAAGCGAGGGCUCUAGGUCUGAGUAUCUGUGUUGAACAUAGAUGAGGGUGGAGGAGAUGGAAUAUACAAUAGGUAAAAUUAAUCCAAAAUGAUGAUACUGCAUCUGGAAGCAGGUUGGUGCCAGGUGGUGGUCAGAAUAAAAUGCAGUCUACUGUAUGGGUAGGGUGGUGGGUAGGAGGGAGAAUAGAAGAAAAGUGUUGCCUGUUUAUUUUCUUUUUGUAUGUUUGUGAUGUUGGAUUUGGAUGUGAGGGAAUGAUGUUCUUCAAAAGAUAAAUACAGUGUGAAAUUGUUGCCUGGUUAAAGAUCUAUUUUUUGUUUUCAUUAAAACAUUCUGUUUUCUCUUCUUUUACUGUAUGAUGUGCUAGUUGCAUGUAUCAAACAUUAUUCACAACCUUCAUAAAAAGUAUAUACUUAAAAAUAAUAGGAGAACAGUUUAAACUACUUCUAUUGAGCUCAAAACUUUAUCUGAAAAUACAAGUUUUCUGACAUCAGCUUGUGCUUUGAGAUGUCAUACAGCUCUGUUUGUACAGUAUCUUGGACUGGAAGUGAUCUCAGACCAAUCAAGACUGAAGCUAGGUAGCCACAGCUUAUGAACUCUUUGAGAGGUACAAUACACGUAUUGUCGUUUUGCAGAUGCUAUGGCAAAGACGCAUUUUUAGUAUUCUGAAACUUAGGUAAGAUAUCAUUAUGAGUUACUGAAUGCCUUCUUUGCUUCGGUCUUUUCUGCUCGGCCCAGCCUUCAGGAGUCCCAGGCUUUGGGGAAAGUAACGGGGAAAGAAGAAGACUUCCCCUGGGUUGAGGAAGAUCAAGUGAGGGAUCAAUUAGGUCAAUUAGAUAUUCAAAAGUCCAUGGGCCCCAAUGGGAUGCACCCGAGAAUGCUGAGGGAGCUGGCAGAAGUCAUUGCUGGGCCGCUCUCCAUCAUCUUUGAAAGGUCCUGGAGAACAGGCGAGGUGCCUGCUGAGGACUGGAGGAAAGCCAACAUCACUCCAGUCUUCAAAAAAGGCAAGAAGGAGGAGCUGGGGAACUACAGGCCAGUCAGCCUCACCUCCAUCCCUGGAAAGAUGAUGGAACAGCUCGUUCUGGGCAUCAUCUCAAGGCAUGUGGAAGAAAAGAAAGCUAUCAGAAGUACUCAACAUGGAUUCACCAAGGGGAAAUCAUGUCUGACUAAUCUGAUAGCCUUCUAUGAUGACAUGACUGGAUGGAUAGAGGAGGAGAGGGCGGUAGAUGUGGUCUACCUUGACUUGAGCAAGGCAUUCGACACGGUCUCCCACAGCAUCCUCAUAGGGAAGCUUAGGAAGAGUGGGUUAGAUGAACGGACAGUAAGGUGGAUAGAUAACUGGUUGAAAGACAGAGCUCAGAGGGUCGUGAUUAGGGGCACAGAGUCUAGUUGGAGGUCAGUGACGAGUGGUGUUCCCCAGGGGUCAGUACUGGGUCCAGUCCUCUUCAACAUAUUCAUCAAUGACCUGGAUGAGGGGAUAGAGUGCACCCUCAGCAAGUUUGCUGAUGACCCAAAGCUGGGGGGAGUGGCUGACACACCGGAAGGCUGUGCCGCCAUACAGAGAGACCUGGACAGGUUGGAGAUUUGGGCAGAGAAGAACCUUUUGAAAUUCAACAAGGGCAAGUGUAGGGUGCUGCCCCUGGGGAGGAAUAACCCCAUGCACCAGUACAGGUUGGGGGCUGACCUGCUGGAGAGCAGCUCUGUGGAAAGAGACCAGGGAGUCCUGGUGGACAAUGGGAUGACCAUGAGCCAGCAAUGUGCCCUUGUGGCCAAGAAGGCCAAUGGCAUCCUGGGGUGCAUCAAGAAGAGUGUGGCCAGCAGGUCGAGGGAGGUCAUCCUCCCCCUCUACUCUGUCUUGGUGAGGUCGCACCUGGAGUACUGUGUCCCGUUCUGGGCUCCCCGGUUCCAGAAGGACAGGGAACUGCUGGAGAGGGUGCAGCAAAGGGCUAUGAAUAUGAUUAGGGGACUGGAACAUGUCUCUUAUGAAGAAAGGCUGAGGGAUUUAGGUCUCUUCAGUCUGGAAAAAAGAUGGCUGAGGGGGGACCUUAUCAACAGUUAUAAAUACUUACACGGUGGGUGUUGGGAGGAUGGGGCCAGUCUUUUUUCAGUGGUGCCCAGCAACAGGACAAGAGGUAAUGGGCACAAACUUGAGCAUAGGAAGUUCCACCUAAACAUGAGGAGGAACUUCUGUACUUUGAGUUUGGCAGAGCACUGGAACAGGCUGCUCAGAAGAGGUGGUGGAGUCUCCAUCUCUGGAGAUGUUCAAAACCCACCUGGACGUGUUCCUGUGCAACCUGCUCUGGGUGACCCUGCUCUGGCAGGGCGGUUGGACUAGAUGAUCUCCAGAGGUCCCUUCCAACCCUGUGGUUCUGUGAUUCUAUGAGCAACUCUGUGAGAGAUACUGUAUAUUAAUGAUACUAAUUUACAUCAAAUGAUCUUAUUGCAAAAUCUCAGCCUUAGAAUUUACUCGGAUGCAUAUGUCUAUAUACCUCAAUUUCAGAAAUGUAUACAGAAAAUGUUGUGGUACUGUGUAAUACAACACACACUGUUAUAUACCCAUACAUUACAUAGAUAUCAUACAAUACUAUGCACUACAGUGUAGUAAUAUAAUACAUUUUGAGAUACUGUAAGAGGAGGUCUUGUCCUCAGGUUAUGUUGGAUGUGUAAUGAAGUUCAAUGAGCAUAGUGAAAGUUAAUUGUGGGCAUGUUUCCAGUGUUUAAAAAAAUCAGGUAUUAAUAUUGAUGAUUGAAUUAAAGAUGAAUGUAGAAUUGCCUGUUAAUGAUAAUAAUGAAUUGUCUACUCUAAGGCUGCUUUUUUGUUGCCUGAAGUAAACAACAGAGCUUUUGUUUUUUUAGGUUCAGAUAUUAUGAUUAAGAGUACGUAUGAAUUGAGAGCCACAGUUUUUCCUAAAAAUUACAACUGCGUUGUUUUCUUGAACCUUUCUAUGCCUAGGAGAAUUGUUUGCUUUGCGAGGAAAUUGGGAAUCUUCUCUUUCCAAAGGGAGAAAUAUUAUUCAAAGCUACAAACUAAAACUUAGUUAACUUUAAAAUAGUGGCAUUUCUUGGUGUCACUAGUGUAGGAUUAAAUUUUGCCUGCUGGAAUGCUAGAGAGCUUAUCUUGUAAGGUGUAGCUUGGCGAGAGGAAAACACUUUGUCAAAAAACAUCCAACAGAAAAUUGUGGCAGAAAACGAACACAUUGAAAAAUCUCCAUAGCAUAAGGAAGUAGGUGAGAUGUUCAAAAGUGCAAAAUCGGCUUACCUGUAUAUGCUUUUAGAAUUAACCUUGGUGUUCCUUUCUGUGUUACUAGUAUGCGUGGUUUAAAAGCAAUCUUUCUGCUUUUUCCAUGGAUAAUUUUGAUUGCAGUAAAAUGUUUUUAGUUUUCUUAGUGGAAUAUUUUUACUUUGGCUUUUUUUUUUUUUUAAAUUUGAGAUAUUUUUAGGGAAAGCAGAUUCCUUUUGUGUUAAAACCAAGGUUCAUCUGACAAGCAGUUAAUGAUAAACUACAUUUUUAGCAGGACCUGAAGUGUUACAAUGCCUUCUAUUUUCCAUAUAGACUGUAGCCAGUAGUUGUUGCUGAAGGUGUUUCCAAUUAAAAACACCGUGUUUGUCUUUAACGAGAGCAAUUAUUUUAACGUUUAUUUUUUUCAUUCCUGGAGAAUAUUUGAUUUCAGGUUUGAAAGCUUUGCAAGAAACUUGAAUCUAAUUCUGGAGUUCAAAAGUGCUAUCACCUGACUUGUAGAUGAUACAUCAAUAUAUCGGACUGAGGUGGUGCAAAGCUCGUUUGAGAGAGCUCAUUUGCAAAUGUGAAACCUUUUGGUUUGACUAAUCCUUGUGGAAUUAGCAUGUCCUAAAGUUAGAAAUCAAUCUCUGUGAUCAUGUGUGCUAUCACUAUAUCAAAGAUGGAAUGUAUUAUAAAGGGCAAGUUCUUUCAAGAAAACAUGAGAUACAUUAUUUUUUCCACAGCUUUUGAGACAGUAUAACCUGGACAUGCUUCUGUACCUCAUGUCAAAACAGCAAAUUUGCUGGGGAUUUUCAAUGGAAAUUUGAUACAAAGGCCAAAUCACACAAUAAAGACAUGUGCCCUGCAUUACCUGGGGUUGGUUUAAUUAAAGAGCUGAAGAAAUACUUCUGGUAACAGAUGCAAAUUUUUAUACUGUAAAUUGUUAAUAUUAAUGAUAGAAUCAUUGAGAUAGUUUUGUCACCCAUAAUCAAUUUGUAUAACAUUUUCUGAAAUGCAAUACUGAAUCAAUCAUCACUAUGAACAGUGAUGACUAUGAUCUGUGCUUGCCUGGUAGGAGAGUUUGAGAGGAUUUAACCAAUGUUUAUGCAUCGCCUUUCAUAUAUUUUGCACUUUGUUAGCUCAGUUCAUCCUGUAUUUCGUCAAAAAGGUUAGACCUUUUUUUAUUCAUUACCUAUAAUGGGUGUGUCAAAAUUGGAUGGUUAAUGAAAUAACUGUGUAAUGUGAGCUGAAUUCCAAAUAGACCUAUUUUUUCCUUAAAGCUUUAGUGGGCCUCAGCACUUGUCACAGUUAACCACGAUCCUGGCUUCGGUGUGCACUUACUAAGCCAAACUUUAGGCAUCCAUGCAUCUAUUUUAGUACUUGCCAUUGCUCACAGUGGACUUUGUAUUCCUUGCACUAUCAUCCGAUUCUCAUACUUUUCUCAAGCAUGGGAUUUAGAGAGAAGACUCUUUUGUGUGUACCAUGAAAAUGUCUGUAAUAGCAAAAAUAUUCAGACUUGGGCUAUAUCUAGGAGGCUAAACGAAGGACAUUUUAAACUUAUUACCUUCUCAAAGAAGUAAUUAAAAUGGAUUUUGAUGUGAAAAUAAAAGAUUGUUUUUAUAUGCGA